CAUUGCUGCUUUGUUGAUGACUCUCUCAAUGUUUGCUGUGAUUUUGGAAGGUCCGAAAUGGCGAGUAGCAUUACAGAACGCGGUUCGCGUUGAUGAACUUAAAUGCAAAACUGUAGGAGGCAUUUGUGAAUGCGGCUCCGCAGAUUUACUAUCAUGCAAUGAAGUGAGGUAUCUUGCCUUGAGGUAUUCCAUCAAUGUUAUAUUCUCAGCGCUCUCGAUUAUCGUCUGCAUUUUCUGUUCUUUCAUCUACUUCAGAAUCCUCGGCUGGAUGGUACACGUCAGUCCUGAUAAAUCGAUAGAUGACUACUAUGCAAAGGCAUUUAACACUCCCUUCACCAACGGUAAUCACGAAAGGAGCAUGGGGCGAACCAAUGAUGUAGCAAUGGGAACAUAUCCGAAUUGAGAACAUUUAUAAUACCAGGCAUCCAUGAAAUCAUAAAUAUCUUAAGCUCCUCGUGGAAUUCACGCGCAUAAAUAUGCCUUGGAAAUUUGGAAUUCGACGACGUAAGUUAGCC